AUGCCUUCUACAAUUUCUACGACAUUAAGUGGCAUUGCUCUGGCCAUAUUUUCGUCCAGAGUGCUCGCCCAAACCAAUUGCGGUGGUGGCAUCUACACACCGGGAACGCAAAACUUUACACGGCAGUGUUAUGAUGAUAUCCGGACAUGCGUUCGCAAUUUCGAGGCAGAUGCCAGCCUGGUGGACUGCAAUGACGGCAAGGGCAACGUCUUUAUGCAACAGCGGGCAAAUUUGCAAGGAGCUGUCGCCAGCCAGAACAAUGACGCGGGCAUCGCCUUCCAGGACAUCAUUGACUUGUGCAUACUAAGUGGCCAGACAACAGGAACCUGGGGGUAUAGUGACAACCAAUGGUACUGGAUUGCCGUCGAGAAUGCUUGCUUCACGACAAACACUUCGAGGACUGAUGUAAUAAGUACGCACGCCGCGCCUUAUUGCAUCCAGAAUCGUGACUCGAGUCUCCCCGACUGCUAUCCCGAACCGAAACCGACAAAUGGAGGACUCAAAGUCCUGAAAACGGCCAGGACUGCCAAUGGGUUUCGCACAUCAGCAAGAGGUUGGAAUACAUAUGGUAUCCAAGCCCUCAAAAAUGGAUCAGAAGUUGUGCCAUCAUUUGCAGGACAAUCAGGCUUGGAUUACACCCAAGCAUUUGUGAAAACUCAAUGCAAUGUUCUGUCACAACAUGAAUUCCGAUCUGCUGGUUACGAUUUAUGCAGCCUGGACUCUGGCUGGCAAGCAUUUAACUUGGUAGACGAGCACGGGCGGAUCAUCUACAAUAGCACUAGGUUCAACCUACCCGAACUUGGAUCUUGGCUACACAAGAGAGGUCUGAAGCUUGGUGUUUACACAACACCGGGUGUGCCCUGUAUUGCCGAGAACAAGACGAUUCUCGGAACAAAAAUCAAGGUUGGAUCAGUUUGGAAUGGAAACAAUGAUCAAAUCUUUUGCGACUGGGACUUUGACAAAGACGGAGUACAGCAAUGGCACGACUCUGUGGUACAACAGUGGGCAUCCUGGGGCGUCGACAUGAUCAAGUUGGAUUUUGUUACCCCUGGGAGCCCACAAAAUGGAGCAAAUUUAGUCUGCGACAGCUCCGGUGCGGUAAAGGCAUAUCAAAAUGCAAUCAAGAAAUCUGGAAAACAGAUCCGGCUCGACAUAUCAUGGAAAUUGUGUCGCAACGAGACGUGGUUGGCCGUAUGGAGUGGGUUGGCAGAGUCAAUGCGAACUGACCAGGACCUGGAUAAUUAUGGCUUCAAUACCUUCAUGUCUUGGCAGGUCGGUCAACGGGCUAUCAAUAACUACCGCCAAUACAUCGGGCUUCAGGCUGAGCGCAAAGUUCCCAUUACAAUAUACCCAGACAUGGACAAUCUUUUCGCAGCAAACCCAGAGCACCUAACUGGGGUAAAUGACAGCAUUCGAACCACAGUCAUGAACCAUUGGUUAGGUGCUGCAGCAAAUUUGGUUCUUGGUUCUGAUUUAACGCAGAUUGACAGGUUGGGUCGUAAAUUGAUCACAAGCCCACAAUCUAUAGCAGCGUCCAAGUUCUUUUCACAGUACCCAAUGCAACCUCGCAAUCCUGGAACUGGAAGCAAUUCUGCGCAGCAACUACAGGCUUGGAUUGGCGGGCCGUCGGAAACUGGCAAGGAAGCCUAUGUGCUCAUCGUCAACUAUGGACCUGAUCAGGGCUACGGCGGAUUCGAAACUCAGAUUUUCGGACGACAGAAAGUAACAGUCACUCUGGAAGACUUGGGGAUUCAGGGUUCUAUAUGGGCAUUUACUGAUGUCUGGGGCGGCAAUUCUACUCGAGUGUCGAACUCAUACUCUACCUGGUUAACUGAAGGAGCUUCUGAGCUUCUACGUGUAACCAGAAUUAGGUGA